AUGGCGGCCAUUCAGAAUUUCAAAAACUUCCUGCGCCAUGGCAAGCAGGCCCGCGCCGCCCACUCGCCUCACGCCGAGCCCACGACCAACGUUUCCAACGUUCAUGCCCACCAGCAACGUCACAGCCACCAGCCCGUUCAGCCCGCCGCGCACCACUACGCCCACAGCGAGCCCAACGUAGACCACCACAGACCUCUACAGCACGCCGCCCCGGAAGGUGACUACUCGGCUGCCGCCGCUGAGCACAAGGCCAACUACGAUCCGCAGGUGUUGGAGCGCAUCGUCGCCGAGGAGCGUGAGGCCAAGGGCAAGCUGCCCAAAUACCCUGGCCUGGACCGCUGGAUUCUGUUGGAGAAGAUGGGUGACGGUGCCUUCUCCAACGUCUACCGGGCCAAGGACGGCCACGGUCAAUACCCCGAAUGCGCCAUCAAGGUGGUCCGCAAGUUCGAAAUGAACUCUACUCAGCGUGCGAACAUCCUCAAGGAGGUGCAGAUCAUGCGUCAACUUGAUCACCCCAACAUUGUCAAACUCAUCGACUUCUCCGAAUCGCGGCAAUACUAUUACAUCAUCCUGGAGCUUUGCCCAGGCGGCGAGCUUUUCCACCAGAUUGUGCGCCUCACGUACUUCAGCGAAAACCUUUCUCGUCACGUCAUUAUCCAGGUUGCAAAGGCUCUGGAAUACCUUCACGAAGAGGCUGGUGUCGUUCACCGUGACAUCAAGCCUGAGAACCUCCUGUUCUACCCCGCCCCUUUUGUCCCGACAAAGAACCCCCAGCCCAAGGGCGCUGAUGAGGAAGACAAGGUCGAUGAGGGCGAGUUCAUCAAGGGCACUGGUGCCGGUGGCAUCGGCACCAUCAAGAUUGCCGACUUUGGCCUGUCCAAGAUCAUUUGGGACAGCCAGACGAUGACGCCAUGUGGCACCGUCGGUUAUACGGCGCCCGAGAUCGUCAAGGAUGAACGGUAUUCCAAGAGCGUCGACAUGUGGGCGCUCGGAUGCGUGCUUUACACCCUGCUCUGCGGCUUCCCUCCAUUCUACGACGAGAGCAUCCAGACUUUGACCGAAAAGGUUGCGCGUGGCCAGUACACUUUCCUGUCUCCCUGGUGGGAUGACAUCUCCAAGCCUGCUCAGGACUUGGUGUCUCACCUGUUGACUGUCGAUCCCGAGAAGCGCUACGACAUCAAGCAGUUCCUGAACCACCCCUGGAUCCGCGAGUCCGAGGAAGAGACUUAUGCCGCCGCUGACGCACCGCCGCUUGCCACUCCCCUUGUCCACCGCCAGAAGCCUGCAGCCGAGACUACGGUUGCCGCGCCCAGUUUCGCUUAUCUCGAUGACGUUCCUAGCGCUGGUGGUCGCCGUAUGGACUUCCGCUCGCCCGGUGCCGUCAACCUGCGUGAGGUGUUCGACGUCAGCUACGCGGUGCACCGCCAGGAAGAGGAGGGCAAGCGUCGCAAGAACUUCACGCAAGGCUACCGUGGCGCUGGUGGCUUGAACAGCUUGAACGCACUCGACGAGGAAGAGAUGGACGAAGAGGAUGAGUAUGGUGCUAGCGCACCAUACCAAGCCGGCCAGGCCGACCCACCAGCCAAGGUGCCCAAGUCGCAGGCUGCCGAUGUCACUUCAAUGGAGCAGAAGAUGCGUAACACAAGCCUGAGUGCCGCAGCACAGGCAAGGCAACAAGCAUCUCAGCCCCAGCAAAGAGGCUAUGGCCAGCACAGCCCAGCCGUCGCGGCAGCGGCAAGGAGACAGGUCAAGAACAAGGGCGCGUUCGAGCUCAACCUUGACAACUCGACGCUGCUCGGCCGGCGCGGCAAGAAGCAGGAGCCGAGCAGCCUGCGAGAGCAGGUUGCAGCGACGGGUCCCUGAAUCGGCGACUGGUGAUGCAGACGGCAGGAGUUUUGCAUGACACACGGAGCGUCCGGAGUGUGCACCUUUCCAGUUUGACUGACGAUAGAGAAGCGUUUUUUUCCUUUCCUCUAUUACGACUUCCAUAAUGGACCGGACGGUUACACGCACGACAUCAUGGCACGGUGGCGGGAGGGAAACGGGCGGCUUGCUCGGGCGAGCAAGAAAGGAACAAGCGAGUCUUUUCAAGACACGGAGUUUUUUCUUUUUUUUUUUUACCUCUUCACUUUUGAUUCCACGAUUGCUUUUUUUUUUUUUUUUUUUUUUUUUUUUUUU